AUGGUUUGUUACAUUAUAUUGGGGAUGUGUGAUAAAAUCCUAGAGAUAACCUCUCCCGAGUGCCGUGAAAGGUUUAACUACCAAAAGCAAUUAUUACAGGACAAGACGCCACAAUGCUUGGGAGAAGCGCGAGAAAGGGCACGAUUCACAGCCCAGUGGUUCAUGGACAAUCUAGACCUCUUGUGUUCAACCUCUGCUCUGCGGACACAGAAGAACACAGAGGAGAUGGCAAAUUACGCACAUGGAAAUGGUGACUUCCCGGCGAUUCCGACUCACGGCGGUCAAUUCAUUCAAUACAACAUUUUCGGCAAUCUUUUUGAAAUCACGUCGAAGUAUCGACCUCCGAUCACUCCGAUUGGUCGUGGCGCCUACGGCAUCGUCUGCUCGGUAUUGAAUUCGGAGACGAACGAGAUGGUAGCGGUGAAGAAGAUAGCCAACGCUUUUGAUAAUCAUAUGGAUGCAAAGCGCACCCUUCGUGAGAUUAAACUGCUUCGCCAUUUGGAUCACGAAAACGUCAUUGGUAUCAGAGAUGUGAUUCCUCCACCUCUACGCAGAGAAUUUACUGAUGUCUACAUUGCCACGGAACUUAUGGACACUGAUCUUCACCAAAUUAUUCGUUCCAACCAAAUUUUGUCAGAGGAGCAUUGUCAGUACUUCUUGUAUCAGCUUCUUCGAGGAUUGAAGUAUAUACACUCUGCUAAUGUUAUUCAUAGAGAUCUCAAACCCAGCAAUUUACUGCUAAAUGCAAAUUGUGACUUGAAGAUCUGCGAUUUUGGUCUAGCUCGGCCAACUUCGGAGAAUGAGUUCAUGACAGAAUAUGUUGUCACCAGAUGGUAUCGUGCACCUGAGAUAUUGCUCAACUCCUCGGACUAUACUGCUGCAAUAGAUGUGUGGUCUGUAGGUUGCAUCUUUAUGGAGCUUAUGAAUAGAAAACCUCUGUUUCCAGGCAAAGAUCACGUGCAUCAGAUGCGCUUAUUGACAGAGCUUCUUGGCACACCCACCGAAUCUGAUCUUGGGUUUGUCCGGAAUGAGGACGCAAGAAGAUACAUUCGCCAACUCGAAUCACAUCCUCGUCGGUCGUUAGCUGAACUUUUUCCACUUGUUCACCCGCUGGCCAUUGAUCUUGUAGAUAAAAUGUUGACAUUCGAUCCCACUAGAAGAAUCACCGGUGAGUUUGAUAUCCUCAUUCAAGAUUUGUCUGUAUCAGUUGAAGAAGCAUUGGCUCAUCCAUAUCUUGCAAGAUUGCAUGACACAGCAGAUGAACCAGUCUGCCUAGAGCCUUUCUCGUUCGAUUUUGAGCAACAACCCAUUGCAGAAGAGCAAAUGAAGGAUAUGAUAUAUGAGGAGGCUAUAGCACUCAAUCCAGAAUAUGCAUAUUAG